AUGACUCUCCAAUUCCCAAUCUUCCCUCGGGAUUACUUCCAAACAAGCCCGGCAAAACAAUUUCUAUCUUCGAUGAACAGCCCGGGCAUUCUAAACCCCAAAUAUAUCGACCAGAUUUUCCAAGAGUUGAAGCCCAUCAAACCAGAUAACCUCAUGGGAGAAUGGGAUGGAUUCAUCUUAUCGACUGGUCACCCAUUUGAAAGUGAACUAAAGGAGCUCAAUUGGCUUGGUAAUGACUUCGAUUCCAAAGAUGAUGUGGCGCCUCUCAUCGUGGCGAAAAAUGGAGACCGAGUACGCUUUGAGAAUUGGGGUGGUGCUUCGCUAUGCGAGAUUAAGUAUCAAGGGAUCGUCUCCGCAGCUUUGAUUUACGAUGAGCGCCCGAUGAUGGUGCACUACAGAGCCGUCCGGUCGAACGUGGUAGCGGGUGUGAUGGAAAGUAAAAGAUUUGGACAGGCUGGGAAGGUUUAUUUCUACUUGAAGAAAUAA